AUGGAUUUAAGCAUGAUGAAGACACUCAAAUAUAUCGAUUGUCCGGCAACGUGCUUUUUCAGGUCCGGUACGGCUUAUAGUACUAGGGGCGGCUUAUACAAAUUGCUUCCAUCAAGUUUGGAGGAAUUAACAAUCCGGUUUGAGUACUGGUAUGGUUUAGAGUGUUGGGGUGAUGCAGUUAGUAAUUAUGGGGAUGAUGACAGUGCGGAAUUCCUCUGGCUGGUCGAACUUGCGAGCAACAAGACCGAGUAUAACCCUCAACUAAAGGUGCUUCGCCUCGAAGACUGCGAUAUGACGGAAAUGGAUAAUGAAGAGCCAAGGGUGGGGCCAUGGGACCCUCCACUCAUAGUAGCCGAAACACUUGGUAAGGCGGAGAUACAUUUCACGGCAAGUGUUGCCUUGAGGCCGUCAGCCUAA